AUGAACUGCCAAGCUGACUGCCUUUACCCAAAACGCGAUAGACAGAUCAAGAUCAGCCAGAACUAUAUCGAGAGCUUGGUACGCGAAAAUCAGGAAUUGAGAAGCCGCAGUCGACAAGAUCGAACAGAAGCGCCAGCAACUCAACAGUCGACAGAUGAUGCUGCAGAAAAUGAGGCUCAGCUGGAUUCACCCUCUACUAGCGAGCCAAGCCAUAAUCCGGUGCUCGACGAGAAGCCAUGGUUCCUUUCGACCAGGUCAUCAGAGAUUCCCAUUCUCAUAGGAGAAGUAGCAGACGCAGCGUUCGCGACGAGAUUUCGCCAACUACUCACGGAUCAAGCACUAAACCAUACCCUACGCACCAGCUACCCAGAUAACAGCCAGAUAGCGGAACUUGCACAAGCUGAGUGUCCUUUUGUGAAUGCUACUCACGCUCGAUUCCUCGUUCGAGGAGCCCUCAAGACCCUGGACGGAUCCUUCCACAUUGUCAGGAAAAGCCGCAUAUCGGAGUUGCUGGAACAGCACCUCCAAACACCGCAUACGUUCAAUGCAGUAUCUCGAUGUAAGAUCACGACCUUGUUGGCUUUGGGGGAGCUAUACUCCAGUUUUUGUCAGGCCCAAGGUACAUCGACCCCUGGACUGGCCUUUUUCAGCCACGCGAGCAAGAUGCAUGACCUGCUCCAGGAGCGGCCGUCUGUCGAUACAGUCGAAGUAUCCCUUCUCUUGUGCUUGUAUGCCCUGAGUAUCAAUAGGCGCCACUCAGCGUACUUUUUGGCAAGCUCCGCCGUGCGGCAUUGCCUGGUGAUGGGACUUCACUUCAACUUGCCGGACUCUCAGCUAGAAGAUCUGGAGACGAAGGAACACCUCAAUCGACUCUGGUGGUCGGCAUAUAUCAUGGAUCAUAUAACUGCGUCCAUCAGCAGCCAGAUUGCUUCUGUAUCAGACGAUGACAUAUUCGUCAACCUUCCAUCGAGUACAAGGGUUAUCGGGCCGCGGCAAGACGAUUUUCAGCACACAGAACUGCUUGUUGCGAGGAUACAAUUAGCGAGAGUCACAAGGUCAAUAAUCAAGUCCGUGUAUGGAAGAGCACAGGAGACAAAACCGUUCCUCCAGAGAGUCCAGCACGCGUUGCAAGAUCUAAAACAAUGGCUUCAAGGAUUACCACCUGAUAUACAGAUGGAUUCCGAGUCUUUGCAGUCAAAGCCAAUAGCGGUUCAAUCCCUUCACCUUCCUUUCAACCAGUCCGUGAUCUUGGCAACACGACCAGUCUUAUUGUAUAUGCUGCGAAUGCAUAAGGAGGCAAAAGGAGACACUCCAGCCACAGCCGAAAGAAUGAUCUCAAAUAAUGUCAAGACGUUGGCAGAAGCCUGCGUCAGAUGCGCUCGACACUCAUACGCUACUGUCGUCGAGUCCUUGAUUGAAGGAACGUUCAAGACUUUUGACUACUUCAACACACGAUAUCUCUUCUCGUCAGCAACAAUCCUGGCUGUAUCUAGUCUUCUUGAGGGGCCUGAUAGCCCUGAGGACGGAGAAAACUUUGAGUUUGCUAGCCAACUGAUACAGAACCUCCGGGACUCCGGAAACGUUCUUGGCGAGAGCGACCUCUGCACCAAAUAA